GUUCUACUUACCCGCCAUUUCAACAUUUUUUGUCUUAUGUCUUCCUCUCAGUCUAGGCGUGGAGUGCGUAAACGUACACAUGACAGAGCUUUUACUGGCCAUUCAGCAUCUAUGGACUCAACGCCUGUAGCAAACAAUGGUCAGAAACCUCCAUCAAGUGUUCAUUUUAAGACAAAAUCUAUGUCUACAAGUUUGAAAAGGAUACAAAAAGAACUGACAGAUAUUAUGUCAGAUCCACCACCUAACUGCAGUGCAUUUCCUCGAGGAGAUAAUCUUUACGAAUGGGUUUCAACUUUGCUGGGACCCCAAGGGUCAGUCUACGAAGGUGGAAUAUUUUUUCUCGAUAUCCACUUUUCUACGGAAUAUCCAUUCAAGCCUCCUAAAGUGAUAUUCAAGACGCGCAUCUAUCACUGCAAUAUAAACAGUCACGGAAUAAUAUGCCUGGAUAUACUCAAGGAUAACUGGUCUCCAGCACUUACUAUCAGCAAGGUUUUACUAUCCAUUUGUUCGUUGCUUACUGAUUGCAAUCCUGCUGACCCCUUAGUUGGGUCUAUUGCUAGUCAAUAUAUGCAUAACAGAUCAGAACAUGAUCGUAUUGCACGAUUAUGGACACAGAAAUACGCGAAUUCUGCCACAUAUCCCUCUACUGGACAUACGCAGGGGAUAAAUGCCGAUUCCGAGUCAAAUAGACGAGAUACACAGGCCAUACUGUUACCAGUUCCAAGGUCGUCAGAUUCCGAACAUUCAGGUUGUACAUCAAACAAAGAUGAUAUUCUGACCGAAGUACCGUGUACAGAAAGUAGUAGCACAAGUGCCUGUACAAGCGUUGGAGCUAGAAGUGAUGGUGGAGAAAGUGUGGAUGAAGUUCUUGAUGAUGAAACUCCUGUACCUUCAACAGAAUCAUCUGUUGUUCAUUCAUUCACUCCUGCUUGAUUUUUUUUUUCAACCUUGUUCACUUACCUGGUUCUUUCGUUUCUUCAUGGUUUCUUGUUUUAAUUUAAUCCACUAACUGUUUUGAAAUCCUUUUGUAAAGCGGAAUCAUGCAUACUUUUUAUAGUUCCUAGGAGAUCCCGAUAUAUAUAUAUGUCGGGAUUUAGUUUUUCCUAAUUGCAUUCCCUUGUUGGCACACGCUGUUUCCGCUAAUUAUAUAAUGAUUACUCAAGUUAAAGGUACUGAUUAAAACCGCUUGAGUAGAAUAUCUGUAAUUCUAUAUCUCAGGUUUGUUAAUUUUAGGCACUUACAUUUUAAAAAGUUGUACAUUUUUGUGAAUCGCCCUCGAAGGGAUUCUAUAAUGUUGAUAUACAAAUUUUUACCAGUUGUAUAAACAUGUAUUUAGUGCUUGUUUCUCGAAAAAUUCAUGUGCCUCCGGACAUAUCAGCAUUUCUUCGUUCGUUCUUG